AUGAUUUCUGCUGCCUCUUCAGGACAGGGAGAAACAGCACCCCAUGGCACUGCCAUACAAAUGAUAGAGGAGGAGUGGGUUGUCCAAUCUGAAAAUGACAGAUGUGGGACCAGAGAACUCCCUUCUGUUUCAAAUAACAGACAAGACAGAGCAAAUGAAUCAUUCUUAUCAUUCAGCUUUCCUCAGAAACUAUGGGAAAUGCUGGAAAGUGAUCAGUUGCAGUCUGUUUGGUGGAGUAAUGGUGGAAAAUGUGUGGCAAUCAACAAAGAAUUCUUCAAAGAAGAGGUCCUAGAGAGGGAAGAACCUCCACAGAUUUUUGCCAAGAAGAGCAUGAAGCAUUUCCUCCAGCAGAUGAAGCUCUAUGGACUCAGUGAAAUACAGCAGGAUUCCCAAAGAUCUGCUUCCUUGGCUGAAUUCUUGGCUGAAGAAGAAGCAUUCUCUGCUCACAGCCAGGUACUCUAUUACUACAGUCCUAGCUUUAACCAAGAGCAUCCACACCUCCUGGAAAGGUGCAAGAGAAAAGCUGGUGUCAAAAGAAGAGCUCUAAAUGCUGUGGGAUUGAAUGAAAACUUCACUCUACAACCCUCAUGA